AUGUCGCCGGGUUUUAGGAAGCAGCAGAAAGACAAGAAACCCACCAAUGAUGAUCAAUCGGCUGAAAUCAAUCUGACGGUGAAGGGUCAGGACGGGAACCAAGUGUUCUUCAAAACUAAGAGAAGCACACAACUGAAGAAGCUCAUGGAUGAUUUCUGUGAUCGGCAAUCAGUGGAUCGCAACUCUACUGUAUUCCUGUUUGAUGGUCGUCUUCACCGAGCAAAGCAGACACCUGAUGAGCUGGGAAUGGAGGAUGGUGAUGAGAUAGAUGCUAUGGUGCACCAAUCUGGAGGUGCUACUGCCUAG